AGCAGUAUAUUUUCUCCACUGAAUGCAAUGAAUUUUCUCUUCCAAAACCUUCUUCCUUCAUCUAAUUCAUCUGUCAAAGUUUUCUUAAUCAUCAUAGUUUUAUUCUUGUACCAUAAUGCUGCUGCUGUGACACUACCCGAAAACGAAACGAUUCCAGCAGUGAUUGUUUUUGGAGAUUCAAUUGUGGAUCCUGGCAACAACAACAAUAUCAGAACUAUAGUCAAAUGCAAUUUCCCACCAUAUGGGAGGGACUUCAUAGGGAGAAAGCCUACUGGAAGGUUUAGCAAUGGAAGAGUCCCCUCAGACUUGAUAGCUGAAUCAGUUGGAGUGAAGAACAUUUUGCCAGCUUAUCUGGAUCCAAGUCUGAAGGUUCAAGACCUACUUACUGGUGUAAGUUUUGCCUCAGGGGGUACAGGAUAUGAUCCUCUGACUCCCCAAGUAGUGUCUGUCUUAUCAUUAUCAGAUCAACUAGACCUGUUCAAAAAAUACCUAAGCAAGGUAAAUGCAGCAGUCGGGGAGGCGAGAACCGCAACUAUACUAUCAAAAAGCAUAUACAUUGUGUGCUUAGGAAGCGAUGACAUUGCAAACACUUAUUAUUCUACACCACUGAGGAGACCUCAAUAUGACAUUCCAGCAUAUACAGAUCUGAUGAUUAAAUCAGCUUCAAGUUUCUUUCAGGAACUAUAUGACCUCGGAGCUAGAAGGAUUGGCAUACUAAGCUUGCCACCAAUUGGGUGUGUGCCAUCACAAAGAACACUGAAUGGAGGCAUAGACAGGGGGUGCUCAGACAAUGCCAACCAAGCAGCAAGCCUCUUCAACUCCAAGCUCACUGCCCAAAUAGAUGCCUUCAACAAGAGGCUUCCAGAAGCAAGGCUUGUCUACCUUGAUAUCUACAACACAUUGCUUUCUCUCAUCCAAAACCCUUCUCAAUAUGGAUUGGAAGUGGUGAACAAAGGCUGCUGUGGAACAGGAAAUAUUGAGGUCAGCAUUUUGUGUACUCGUUACUCUCCAGGUACCUGCAAGGAUCCAUCAAAAUAUCUAUUCUGGGACAGUUACCAUCCCACAGAGAAGGCAUAUAAGGUUCUUGUCCCUCUGGUUUUUGAUAAGCAAGUUCAUAAAUUCUUCUGAGGCUUCUCUCUCUCUCUCUCUCUCUCUCUCUCAACAAUCAAUAAAUUGUGAAGCCAGAUUAAUUUGUUGUAGUUCCCUUCUUUCUUUCUUUUUAUUGUCCCAGAUGUUUUGCUUUUCAUGUAAG